AUGCAUGUUUUGGGGAUUUACACCCUUUGGAUUUUAUUCCAUGCAGCACUAAGCAACUAUUCUGAAGAUCAAUGCAGCUGGAGAGGGAGUGGUUUAUCCCAGCAGCAAGGCAGCGUGGAGCAGAUCUCCCUCCACUGCUCCGAGGGUACCUUGGACUGGCUGUACCCCAAAGGAGCCCUGCGUCUCACCCUCUCCCCUCGAUUGCCCUCCUUGGCGGUGGGCCCGGGGGGCGGCGGCAGCUCGGGCCUCAUCACGGCCUGCGUCAAGCCCUCUGAGCACUUCCGAGGGGCCCAGCUCUACCUGGAGAGGGAUGGCGUCUUGGAGCUCCUAGUAGGGGACCGACCAGAAUCGUCCCCUCCGCCUAGGGUGCGCUGCUUCAGCCGCCUGCCGGGGGAGAAAGUGGCUCUCUUCAUGCAAGCGACGCCGCAUCAAGACAUUAGCCGGCGCAUUGCAUCCUUCCGAUAUGAGCUGAGGGGUGACUGGACGGCACACUUGUCACUUGACUCGAACCACAUCAGUACUGUUGAAGCGUGCAGACCCUGCAACGACACAGAGAUCCUCAUGGCAGUGUGUACCAGUGACUUUGUGGUGCGAGGCAACAUCAGGUCCGUGGAGGAGGACGAAAACCUCCGAGCGGCAGUCAUCAAGGUCAGCGCCACGCGGGUCUUUCGCCAAAAGUACGCACUCUUCACCACCAACAGCCGUGUGGCCGCCCGGGGAGACAUUCGCACCCUGCUGCAGUGCGGUGUCAAACCAGGGCCCGGCAGCUUCCUUUUCACCGGUCGGGUUCACUUCGGCGAGGCCUGGUUGGGCUGCGCCCCUCGCUACAAGGACUUCCUGCAGGCUUACACCGCGGCAAAAGCAACCCAGCAGAUUCCAUGCGAACUUCCUGUAGACUGA